GGCUGACCUCACGAAGCCUCGUAGCUUGGGAUGAGCAACAUUGAUGCCUGCUGGCGCCAAGCACUUGGUCCUUGCGGCCGUGCUGGGCAUUUCGCCGGCCCAAGCUCCGGCUGCUUCGCCUCUCGCCUCACGCGUAAGGCUCUCUGCUGGAUGCGACCUCUACCCCAAGGUUCGCAGUGCAUGGCCUGCCAAGCCCGAGCCUGCCCAGAACUGCGCCGAACUGCUAAGCCGAGCAGGCGCGCGAGGUGUACAUCUGCAUAUGAGCCUCAACUUUGCCGAAGUCUGGACGUCCGAAGAGCUGGAACAGCUCCGUGGCCGCUGCCACUUCCACGGCUUGGGCUUCGGCCAGGUGCUCCUAGCGGCCAGGUAUUUGCAGUUUGCAAAGGUGGAGGCUGCAGAGGGCCGUUGGGUCCACAGCAGCGCCUGCAUUCCGGACGCCUGCGUGGACGGCUUUGCAGAGGCGUUGCCGCGAUUGCUGGAGGGCCGAGCCGCGGCCCGAAACUGGAAGGCACCUCCACUGCCGCCACCUGGACCCUGCGCAGUAGGCAUGGACAAGAUGAGAGCGAAAGCUGAGGUCUUGCCGGAAGAGCAGGCAACCUGCGUAAAGCACAUUGACGACGCAUUUCGUGAGCCAGAGUGCGCCUAUCGGAGGUGUGCUUGGCAGUUCCUCAGCCAGAAGCUGCAGAUGGAAAGCCUCUUUGGCGCACAGGUUCGGAGUGUUCCGAUGGAUUUGGACGCCGACCUGAACCCCAAGGCUGCCGGGCCGCAGGCGCACGCGGCCUAUGCCCUGAAACACUACGAGGCCUGCCUUCAGCUGGGCGGCAGCUACUUUGGAACGGCCUUCAUGUCGGAAGACUUGGUUGGCUAUGAGCUUGGUGCGUGUGCACCGCAGUCAUGCCCCACCAAAGUCGUGGAAUGGUGGACUGCAGAAGUCAUGUACCAGUGGCAACCAGGCCUGCGGAUCGUGCCUAACACCUUCCAGGUGACGGAGUUAGCGCACAUCUCCGAGGUGAAUCUGCAAUGGGUCAUCGCUGGAGUGGUGCGAAGCGGUACGACCUCACUGGCUGCCUGGCUCAGUCGACAUCCGGACCUGGAGCUUCUGGUGCAUCCAGAGGACUCCUGCCUUGAAGGAGGCUUGGACUACCUCUUCAGGAGAACCUACAUGGAGCAUCUUCUUCCUCGUAGCGAGCGCGGUCCCUCAGCCCCCUCCGCCAGCUCCUCCAGGCGCAGUUUGCCGAGCCGCUCUUGGGCCGUAUUCAGACGGUAUCGGGGGACAAACCCGUGGAGCACGCUUGUUGGAGCAUGUGUGUAGAUGUUGACUCGCAAAUCGC